UGAAAUCUUUUUACUUGGUAUUUUAUAUUUUUAAAGCAUGCCUAAUAGAAAAUAUGAAAGUGGUUGUCAAAAAUUGAAGAAAAGAAAAAGAGUUGAAAAAUUAAUUCGAUCUCAACAAGGAGCUCUUGAUAAAUUUGUUUUUAGUAAUAAAGAUAAUAUUACAUCAACUUCAACAGAAGAAGAAAUAAUAGAUGAUUCUUUACUUGAGAAUGAAUUAGAAGAAUAUGUUGAGAAUUUAGAACAAAAUAAUGAUAUUAAUGAUAAUAAUAUUCAAGAAGAAAAAGCUAAUACUCCUAAUGGUAAUGAAGAAUAUAAAGAAAAUUCACAUGAGGGCCAAGAAAAAAUUUUAGAGAUGAAUGAGAUAUCAAAUUCAAAUAUUUAUGAUCCUGGACAAUGGAAAUGUAUUGAUCAAAAUUUUAUAGAUCUAAUAGUUGAAAAAGGUCCAAUUAAAUAUGAAGAAAUAGAUUUUCCCAAAGAUGAAAAUAAUAGACACUUUUCUACAUCAUAUUACAUACAAAAAUUGUCAAAUGGAGAAAAACAUGAAAGAAGGUGGUUAGUUUACUCAAAAGAUUUAGAUAGAGUUUUUUGUUUUUGUUGCAAAUUAUUUAGUUUAAAAUCUAGUACAAGUCAGUUAGUUAACGAAGGUACUAGAGAUUGGAAAAAUCUUGGAUAUAAAAUUAAAAGUCAUGAAACAAGUCAUGAACAUAUCACUAAUAUGUGUAAGUGGGUGGAUUUAGAAAUAAGAUUACAAAAAAAUAAGACAAUAGAUAAAAACAUUCAAGAACAAAUUAAUAAAGAAAAAGAACACUGGAAAAAAGUUUUGCUAAGACUUAUUGCUAUAGUAAAACAUCUAUCAAAAAAUAAUCUUGCAUUUCGAGGAACAAAAGAAAAGAUAUAUGAAAAAAAUAAUGGAAACUUUUUAAGCUUAGUUGAAAUGAUAGCGGAAUUUGAUCCCAUAAUGCAAGAACAUGUUAAACGUAUUCAAAAAGGUGAAAUUCAAAAUCAUUAUCUUAGUCAUAAAAUGCAAAAUGAACUAAUAGAGUUGCUAGCUUCUGAAAUUAAACAAAUGAUCAUUAAAAAAAUAAAAGAAGCAAAAUAUUUUUCAGUUAUCCUUGAUUGUACUCCAGAUGCAAGUCAUCAAGAACAAAUGACUCUUAUUUUAAGAUGUGUUGAUACUUCAACAAGUCCAAUAAAGAUUGAAGAAUACUUUUUAGAGUUUUUAAAAGUAGAUGAUACUUCGGGAAAAGGCCUUUUUGAUGAACUUUUAAAUAUUUUGGAAAAAUAUGAACUUGAUGUUAAAGAAAUAAGAGGGCAAGGUUAUGAUAAUGGAUCUAAUAUGAAAGGAAAACACAAUGGAGUACAAAAGAGGCUAUUAGAUAUAAAUCCUAGAGCAUUCUACACACCAUGUGGUUGUCAUAAUUUAAAUUUAGUCUUAUGUGAUAUAGCUAAUUCAUGUCCUAGAGCUAUUUCUUUUUUUGGAGUGUUGCAACGUAUAUACUCAUUGUUUGCUUCCUCUACUAAACGAUGGAAAAUUUUAGAGGAUAAUGGAUGCAAGUUAUCUGUUAAAUCUUUAUCUCAAACUAGAUGGGAAAGUCGGAUAGAAAGUGUUAAAGCAAUAAAAUUUCAAGCUCCAAAUAUAAGAGAUGCUUUGAUUCAAUUAGCAGAAAUUAGUGAAGAUCCAAAGAUAAAAAGUGAAGCUAAUUGCUUAGCAACUUAUGAGAUUGAAAAUUUUGAAUUCUUGUUAGCUAUGAAUAUUUGGUAUGACAUAUUGUUUGCUGUUAAUUCAGUUAGUAAAAUCUUACAAUCUAAAGAUAUGCAUAUUGCUAUUGCUAUAGAUCAAUUAAAGGGUCUUAUUGUAUAUCUAGAAAAUUAUAGACAAAAUGGUUUUAUGUCUGCUUUGAAUUCAACUAAAGAACUUGCUAAUGAAAUGAACAUACAACCUAUAUUUCGUGAAAAACGUAAAAUUCAUAGAAAAAAACAAUUUGAUGAAAAUAUUGGUAAUGAAACAAUAUUUAACGCUGAAGAAUCUUUUCGUAUUGAAUAUUUCUUAUACAUAGUUGAUAAAUCGCUUGGCUCAAUUGAAAGUAGGUUUGAACAAUUUAAAACAUAUGAAAAAUUUUUUGGUUUUUUGUUUGAUUUGAAAAAGUUAAAAGCUUUAGAUGAUAUUGAAUUGAAAGAUUAUUGUCUUAAUCUCGAAAAUGCACUAAAACAUGAUGAACAUUUAGAUAUUAAUGGACUUGAUUUGUUUUCAGAAUUGAGAGUGCUUAGGGAAAUUUUAAAAGUAGAGAUUAAUAGUCCAAUUGAAGUGUUGAACUAUAUAAAACGUUUAGAUUCUUUUCCAAAUACUUGUAUUGCUUAUCGUGUAUUAUUGACUAUACCCGUAACAGUUGCUUCCGCUGAAAGAAGUUUUUCAAAAUUAAAAUUACUAAAAUCUUAUUUAAGAUCGACCAUGUUACAAGAUAGAUUAAAUGGUUUAGCAAUAUUAUCUAUCGAAAAUAAUAUGUUAGAAAAUAUUGAAUAUAAAACUUUAAUUAGUAAUUUUGCAGCUCAAAAGGUAAGAAGAAUGAGAUAAAAUCUAUUAUGAGUUGUACCAGUUAGGCAUCAUCUAAUAUUUCGCCUUGGGCCCCAAAAUUCCUAGGUA